AGCUCCUCGGCCGUCUGGAUGGUGCGUCUGAGCUGACUGGUCCACACCUUCAGGAUAUGUGAGGUCUGCCGCUCUCAGAUUCCUUUGCCUUGUAUGGCUAAAGGCUCCAGAUGCGCCCGGCUGCGGGACGCUGACCUUAUUGGCCGGCUCAGGAACAGGGAGGUGUGCAGAAACUAACUUCCCUUCAGCCCAGCGCAGGAACAGACCUUCUCCAACCCUUUUCAACUCAAAAACAAGAAGCAAACCCUGCGGUCAGAAUGUCUGCAGCCAAGCGUGCCAAAGGAAAGACCACAAAGAAGCGGCCGCAGAGGGCCACGUCCAACGUCUUCGCCAUGUUCGACCAAUCACAGAUCCAGGAGUUCAAAGAGGCCUUCAACAUGAUCGAUCAGAACAGAGACGGAUUCAUCGAUAAAGAGGAUCUACACGACAUGCUGGCCUCUCUGGGGAAGAACCCGUCUGACGAGUACCUGGAGGGAAUGAUGAGCGAAGCUCCGGGUCCCAUCAACUUCACCAUGUUCCUCACCAUGUUUGGAGAACGUCUGAACGGCACCGAUCCUGAAGACGUCAUCCGAAACGCCUUCACGUGCUUUGACGAAGAAGCUUCUGGGUUCAUCCAUGAGGACCAUCUCCGCGAGCUGCUGACCACCAUGGGUGAUCGUUUCACUGAUGAAGAAGUGGACGAGCUGUUUCGCGAGGCGCCAAUUGACAAAAAAGGAAACUUUAACUAUGUGGAGUUCACUCGCAUCCUCAAACACGGGGCCAAAGACAAGGACGACAUUUAAAAACAGCAGCAGAUUGAUAUACAUGUCAAGAUCUAAUGAUCCUGAUGAUUCAACAGUUCAGUCUUUU